AGCACUGAAGCACUGAAACAGUUGUGCGUACGGUCCUCAGUUCAGUACGGUUCAGUUAAAUCUCCUACAUAUCAGUUGUGAUCAACUGCCGCGCCUACAGCCAUGGUAACGGAUCGCCGCUACUCUGUUGAGGCCAGUAAAAAUUUUAAGGGUGAAACCAUUGGAUAUCGCCAUUUACAAUGUCUGCUGCUCCUCACUGGAUUCUGUUUGAUAUUCGCGACGCGCGUCAAUCUCUCCAUUGCGAUCGUCGCGAUGAUGGACAAUAAGUCGGCAAAUCCCGAUUUUCCCGAGUACGCAUGGUCCGAGCAAACCAAAUCACAUGUCCUGAGCAGUUUCUUCUGCGGCUAUAUUUUGCUACAGAUACCCGCUGGUGGGUGGGCGCGUCAUUUCGGUGGUCGUUUGUUAUUGUUGAUCAGUAUUAGUCUUACUAGUCUUCUAGCGCUGCUAACACCACUCAGCGUGAGCAUCGGUGGUUGGCCUCUACUGUGUACGGUGCGCUUUUGUCAGGGCCUGUUACAGGGUGUCUUAUUGCCAGCCGUUGCAACGAUACUCUCCAAUUGGGCGCCAGUCGAGGAACGCAGCGCUUUGCAAACUUUCAUCUAUUCUGGCUGCCAGUUGGGUAUAGUGGUGAUGCUAGCCACAAGUGGUAAGCUCUGCUCAUCGCGCUGGGGUUGGCCAAGCACCUUUUAUUUACCAGGCAUUUUGGGUUUAAUAUGGUCGGCACUGUGGUAUGUAUUUGGUGCGAGUACACCACGUGAUUGUAGGCAUAUUUCGCUGGAGGAACGCGAAAUGAUUGAGAAUUCAUUGGGACAUGAUAAACAGGCAGUGGAAGAAGUAAAUACUAAGCAUCCCGUGCCAUGGAAACGUAUUUUUACAUCGAAACGUUUUUUGGUUAUACUUCUAAAUCAUUGCGCCAACGAUUGGUGCUUUUGGACGUUACUCACGCAAAUACCGUCUUAUAUAAAAAGUGUGCUCGGCAAGGAUAUUAACAGUAAUGCAUUGAUCUCAGCGUUGCCAUAUUUUUCAAUGUUUUCUUUAUCUAUCAUACUUUGUCCGUUGGCGAGUUGGUUAGAAAAGUCGAAAGUUUUGAAGGCAACCGUAAGUCGUAAGGUCUUCAACACAAUCGGUCUAUGGAUACCUGCUAUAACGCUCAUUUCUUUGGGCUAUUUGCGUCAAGAUCAAGGCGAUCUGGCGAUUGGUUUGCUAACUGUAACUGUUGGUAUUAGCACCAACUCGCAUUUUGGCUAUGCCGUGAAUCACCUGGACUUGGCACCAAAUCUGGCUGGCACUCUGCUGGGUAUUGCUAAUUGUGGCGCCAAUGUGAUGGGUAUAAUAGCACCACUCGUUGUUGGUUACGUUGUCACCGAAACGACAAAUAUCCAUCAAUGGCGUAUAAUAUUCUUCAUCGCUGGUGGCUAUGUAUUUAUUGGUAACCUCUUCUUUCUAUUUUUCGGCACAGCUAAGGUGCAGCGAUGGAAUGAGAGACCGCGUAUCAUUUCGGAGACGGAGCAACUAGCGCAGCUUGUCGAAAGUUUGGACCCAAAGCCCAACAAUACCACUCAAGAAUCUGAUGGAGUUUUUAAAAAAUCCGAUGUGGAACAGAACGUUGUUUAAUCUGCUCAGAAAAUUAUUUCCAGACUAUUAUUAGAGCACUUUUGUUAAUGUAAUAAGUAGUAUUUCGUCCUUAAGGUAAAUUUUCUGAGCUGGUAUAUUUCAAUUGAACUGUUAUAAAUUCUAAUGAGAUUUAAAUAUAAAAACAUUAAAUUUA